AUGCGCCAGUUUCUGCUUCUUGGAUUCCUUUUCAUCGGUUCGGAAGCUAUUCGCUGUCGUAGUUGCUACAGUUACAACGGACAGGCGUGCGUCAAUGCGCCCGACUGCGAAUCAGACGUCUGCUUAUACGGUAAGAUCUUGCAGAUUCCAAAUCGUACCUCCUUCACAUUUUAAUUUCGUUUUCUUCCGCUUUCAGAGCAACUGAAUGCUGCGAAUGGCAUCACCCAUGUCCUCCGGACCUGCUAUACAAAAGGCAACUCGUACAUGUUCGACGACGGAGUCACAAUGAGCAACACGAAUCAAUGCGUGACGCGGACGACUCGGCAGGGCCAGUACUACGUCUCGCUGUGCACUUCCAACGAUCUCUGCAAUAAUGACUGUCGCACGGAACAGUUUCCAUCUACAGCCUCUCCAAUUGAACCGCCCGUACCUCUCGGAGCAGUCACUUGCUAUGAUUGUGUGACGACGGACGGUACGGACUGUCAGACGAACACGUGUCAGGGAGCUUACUGUCUUUAUGGUUUGCCCAUCUAAAUCGUGGCGUCGUUCCAAAGUUCCACUCUGUUCAGAACGCCGCUUGACGAACAAUCAAAUGUACCUUCGGAAGACGUGCCUAAUCGAACCGAUCGUGCAGCUGGACGACGAGACAACAGUUCGCAAUGUGGACAUUUGUGAGGUUCGGAACACAGUCAACAGUCGGUACUACGUUAAAAUCUGCAAUGAUGUGAACAACUGCAACAACUACUGUAACCCAGGACAAGCUCCUCCGAGCCCUCAAAGACGUACUUUUCCGUAUUUUUAAUUUCCAACGUUUUCAGUUUUCCAGAGCCUCUCGUCAGGUGCUACGACUGUGAAUCUUCGAAUUCCGACUGUUUCACCGGCUCAUGCGAGGGCAACUUCUGCAUAUUCGGUAUUGUAAUUAUUCCACCAUCUUCGCAUUCUUCUUACUCAGAACGACAACUGAGAGUCGGCACUUCCCGCACUUACUUCCGCAAAUCGUGCUCUGCUCUCGGUUACGCUCAAUACCCGGACGGCUCAUACACGGGAGUCUCGAAUCUUUGCGAGACCCGAGUGAUAAAUGAUGUCGAGUACAAUGUGAAAGUGUGCAACACUGCGAACAUGUGCAAUUCCGACUGUACCCAGGAUUCUUCAGCAGGUAUCAAACAAGUACUCGGCUGUACAACUGAAAUUGUAUUUAGUGACAUGUACGGAAUGCACGGCGACAAACGCGGAUGACUGCAGCGGAGGAACUUGUCAGGGACGGUUCUGUAUCUUUGGUAAUUAUCUAGGAGCGAUGAUUGAAAAAAUUAAAGUUAUCUCGUUUAGUUCGCUCCAAAUCUCAGUUAGAUCCAACAAAAACAACUGUCAAAAAGUCGUGUGCCACGAGCUCGAUCCUCAGUUUUCCGGAUAACACAGCCUACACCAAUAUUGGCCACUGCCAGUAUAAGUCAGUCAAUCAUUGCCUACAUUUCGAGUUAACAAUAUUUUUUAGAAACAUCGGCUCCGUGCAAACAGCUCUGAAGGCGUGCAACUCGACAUUCUGCAACACCGCAUGCUCCGAUAUCCCUCUUCCAACUCCUUCCGCUCAGAACUCUUCUGAUGUUCUUUCUUUGUUCAAUUCGGUUCUAGCCAUUCUUUUGCUUUUGUUCUUUUGA